AUGCUCGGAUCUGCGAUGAAAAAGAACACCAGUCCUCAUGUCCUGGAAUGGGUCGCCAAGUUGAAGGCUUCCAUCCCGGUUGUCUCGUUAUCGCCCUGGAUUCGCCGCGUUGCUUCAAGAGUGCCUUUGAUCUUUACUUCCAUUUUCGUUCUUUCUUUGCUCUGCGUCUCUUCGAUUUACUCAUCGAUGCAAUUUGCAUCUACAUUGAGAGCCAUUUCACUUAAUAUGGACACCCUUUCUGUAAAUAUGAGUCCAGAAGAAAGCGGAACCUCGAAGUUAUUCUCUGGUUCGACUUCAACCGGGCACCAGCCUUUGAAUGUAACCUUCAAUGCACCAAACGGCGUAUCAGAGGACAUUCCAAGAUUUAUACACCGGAUGUGGAGAGAUUUGGACUCCAAUACACCAGCUGAAUGGAUAAAUGCCAGCAAGUCCUGUCAGGAGCAAAACCCUUCUUACGUACAAUAUGUCUGGACGGAUGAGACAGCCCAUCAGUUCAUAGAAUCCUACUUCGCAUGGUUUCUCUCAGCAUAUACGGAGUAUCGACUGCCACUGCAACGGGUCGAUGCAUUGCGAUAUUUUCUACUUUGGCAUUAUGGAGGUGUUUACUUGGAUCCAGAGAUCGGGUGCCAACUGCCUAUGGAGCCUCUUCUGCACGGCACUGAGGCCAUUUUGCCUGAAAGCUGGCCAUACGGAGUCAGCCAACAGUGGAUUGCAAGCAAGCCUCAACAUCCCUUUGUGAUUAAUGUCGCGCUCAGUUUUCAUAAUAUCCGCGGCUAUGGCUCAUUACUGUCAGAAUAUGUGACGGCCAUGCUUGAUACAGGUUCCAUUCACAUCAGCCGUAUUCUUGCCAAGUGGCUUCGCUCCUCGAGGAAUUGCUCGGAUAUUAAUAUUUUGCCACGCGAGAUGUUUCUGGGCACGGAAGAUUCCAUCUUCAUGAUGUUUGAAUCUCGUGUGCCACGAGGUGACGAGUUUUCCGUGUCACAACUUGUGUUUGGAAAUCCUUUGGGGUGGUGUGGAGCGGCAAUAGCGCUUGUUAUGAUGGCUACUGUGAUCUUUGGUCUCCGCACGAGUCCCAGAAGACUCUGCGAUCGGACCUCUACAAGCCUCAUGGUUUAA